AUGUAUGCGCGGUCGCCUCGCGGAAAAGGCGACAAGGUUACCGGUGGUCAGGACGAAAUUGUACAACAUCCCUCCUUCCGGGAACUGCUACACACGAGGUACGUACUGCAGGCUGUCAUGCCAUGUGCCUGCCUGCGGGAGACCGAGGAAAUGUCUCGCGCCUCGAAGGCCGCCCUCACGCCCGACUACGCUGUGGGCAUCCAGCCCACGUAA